AUGGCCCGGAAAGAGGAUAUGCUGCCCCCAGGCUGGGAGGACCUAGAUAGGCAGAUGGGUCAGCUCUUUAUGAUGGGCUUUGAUGGAACUUCAGUCAAUCCACAGAUUCGAUCACUUAUUGAGAAUUACCACUUGGGUGCCGUGCUGCUAUCUGCCAAAAAUCUGAAAUCGGCCGAGGAUACAACCAGAUUGGUUCUGGAAUUGCAGACCAUUGCGCGUGAUGCAGGCCAUCCUGUUCCGUUACUAAUUGCCUUGGACCAGGAGAAUGGUGGUGUCAACAGUUUAUAUGAUGAGAUAUAUAUUCGCCAAUUCCCUAGUACCAUGGGCAUUGCAGCCACUGGGUCCAAAUCUUUGGCUCACGAGGUGGCUGUCGCAACAGCACAGGAACUCAAGGCAGUCGGGGUCAAUUGGAUCUUAGGACCUGUUUUGGAUGUUUUAACCAAUGUGCGAAAUCAACCAUUAGGCGUUCGUACCGCCGGCGACGAUCCCCAAGAGGCGUCUCAAUAUGGUGUCCAGUUCAUGAGGGGUUAUCAAGAAGCAGGUUUAGUAACCUGUGGAAAACACUUUCCAUCCUAUGGUAAUUUGGAAUUUCUCGGCUCCCAGACGGAUGUCCCAAUUAUUAGGGAAUCUCUGGAGCAACUCAGUCUCAGCGCGCUUGUACCCUUUCGCAAUGCUAUAACUCAGGGCCUGGACGCCAUGAUGGUCGGAGGUGUUUCAUUGUCAUCUGCUGGGAUGAACGUAAUGCACGCCUGCCUGAGUGAUCAGGUGGUCGACGAGCUCUUGAGAAAGGAUCUCCAGUUUCAAGGCGUGGUCAUUUCUGAAUGCUUGGAAAUGGAGGCGCUCACACAUAACAUUGGAGUAGGAGGUGGCACAGUGAUGGCCAAAAACGCCGGCUGCGAUAUCAUCCUUUUAUGUCGGUCAUUCCCCGUCCAGCAAGAAGCCAUCAAUGGGUUGAAACUUGGCGUGGAGAACGGUAUCAUCGGCCGUCAGCGAAUUGAACAAUCGUUGCGCCGCGUUUUAGAUUUGAAGGUGCGGUGUACUUCGUGGGAACAGGCACUGAACCCUCCGGGGCUUUCUUCCCUUACACAGAUGCAACCCUCGCAUACCAACCUUUCCACCCGAGCCUACAACUCUUCCAUCACAGUCAUGAGAGAUAAGAAUAAUUUACUUCCGUUGUCCAAUGUCAUCGAGGCAGACGAGGAACUUUUGCUUCUGACUCCGCUGGUCAAGCCACUCCCAACGUCCGCGGUUUCUCUCUCGGUCGCAGGGUCAAUGGAUCCAUUAUCUUCGGAACGAACCUCCUCGAUUCUGAGUGGCGAGGGGGUCUUCAAAGAACUUGGACGUUCACUCUCACGGCAGAGGAACGGGCGCGUGUUGCACACCUCCUAUACUUCCAACGGCGUGCGUCCCAUCCACGAAGACCUCAUCCAAAGAGCGAGUGCUGUAGUCGUUGUCACGGCAGAUGCAAAUCGCAAUCUAUAUCAGCAAGGGUUCUCAAAACACGUCUCCAUGGUCUGCCAAUCGCAGUAUACCUCAUCCGGUGAACGCCGCGAGAGGCCAUUGAUUGUGGUGGCCGUUAGCUCGCCAUAUGAUUUUGCCAUGGAUUCAUCCAUUGGUACUUAUAUAUGCACGUAUGACUUCACGGAAACAGCCCUCCAGGCAUUGGUCAAGGUUUUGUAUGGCGACUUGACACCUUCAGCGGCCCUGCCUGGCUCCAUUGGUCGAACGCAGAAGAUUCAUCAGUCUCGACAGCACUGGCUUGUCGAAAAUUGGAACGAGGAUCGCGACUCUUUCGCGUUGGACGCUCUGCUCGAGACUAUCCGUGCCGACUAUGCACUAGGCCAGCCAUCGGAACUUCUUGGAGCUACCGCUAGCAGCUUCUUGCUACGAAAGGAGGAUGUCGACGAAGCCCAUUUCGUUGUCCGGAACAGUAGCACGCAGGCCCUCUAUGGAUUCUGCGCGACCUACUUCUUUCGAUCAACGGGCACCGGUGUGCUUGCAUGUCUCAUCGUGGACCCCUCCCGAAGGAGACUAUCAAUCGGACAUUCUCUUCACAGCCGCGCGAUUCGGACUUUACUUCAACGGAGCGGGAUGAAACGCUUCCAGUUAGGAUCCCGAUUACCAGGGAUCUACCUUGGCAUUCCGACCGUCAACCCUGUUGAGCGCAAGCGGCUACGGCAAUGGUUCGCGAACAUGGGGUGGAACACCGGGCUUUCGCGACCAGUGUGCAGCGUGAUCCUACGCAACCUGUCGACAUGGGUGCCACCCGAAGGACUUACUGCGACCCUGCAGAGUGUGGAGGUCACAUACGACCUCGUCUAUGGUUGGGACUUUGCGCCCGCGAUCCUCGAUCACAUUAAAACAUAUGCGCGACAGGGCGUGGCCGAGAUCUACCGCAUGGCUUUGGGUGGCGCGCCUAACUGCGGGAUCAUUCGGGCCAAGCGGCCCUCCGACGGGGUCAUCCUCGGGAGUAUCGUGAUCUACAAUGAGCGAUCUGCCUUGGCGGAACACAUGCCCAUGCUGCGCGCCACCCAGGCUUCUGUCGGAGGCAUUUCAUCUCCGGUCAUUUCUCCUUGCGGAGAAGAUUACUCCACGGUUAUGCAGGGCCUGAUCCUGCUGGCUAUCAAACAGAUCCGGAAGUUGAGUGCCAAUGCCGUGAUUAUGGACUGUGUCGACGGUGACAGUAACUUUGACAAUCUCUCCACGAUGGGCUUCACUAUGCUGCACAGUUUUGAGGAAGUGAACUGUGACGCAGCUACGUGGACGAUGAUGCAUGCAUAG